AGGAUAAUUAGGACUCUUCUUCUCUAAAAACCCACUCUGCAAGAAACCAAUCUCUCUCUACUCUCUCGCUUUUUUAAACCCUUACCGCUUUCUCUCUCUGAAAAAACCCUUUUAUCCAAAAACUUUUGGGAGCUUACUCAGAAAAAGUUUGCUCUUUUACUGCAUUCGGACAAUGGCCAUUGAAGAACACGAGAACCCAAAUCGAGAAAUCACUCCUAAGAACAGAACAAUCAUGGGAGGUGGUGGAGAGGAGGAGAAGUGGUGGCCUUCAUGGUUGAAACCUUUACUCAAAGAACACUUCUUUGUUCAAUGCAACUUCCAUGGACACUCACCGAAAAGCGAAUGCAAGAUGUAUUGUUUGGACUGCACUAACGGCUCGCUCUGCUCUCUCUGUCUUGCCCAUCACAAGGAUCAUCGUACCAUUCAGAUAAGGAGAUCAUCUUAUCAUGAUGUGAUAAGGGUAAGUGAGAUUCAGAAGCAUUUAGAUAUCUUCAGCGUUCAGACGUAUGUGAUCAACAGUGCAAAGGUUGUGUUUUUGAAUGAAAGGCCUCAGCCUCAGCCUAGACCUGCUAAAGGAGUUUCUAACGCCUGCACCGUCUGCUAUCGUGGCCUUGUCGAUGAUUGCUUCCGCUUCUGCUCUCUUGGCUGCAAGGUAGCAGGAACUUCUAGAAGCUUUGAGAAGAGAGUGAAGAAUAUAGCAACGGAAUCAGAGAAUUCAAGCAACAGCUCAGGAGUAGAGGAUCUCAUCCCAAAUCCACAGAGUUUGACCCCAUCAACGCCUCAACUUCCUACUUCCACUUCUUUGCGAAAAAGACGAAGAAAGGGAAUCCCUUACCAAUCUCCCUUGCAAUGAGGUUUGGUCGCAAAGAAGGGGUUUAAAGCUCAAUACAAGACAUAACAUAAAAAGGUUACCAAAGUAGGGCCUUAGUUUUUGUGUGCUAUGAAGUAGUCAAAUAACUAGUAAAAGUGUAUAUAUAUAUGAUCAUCUUCUUGUAUAUUCUUAAAGGUGAUGCCAUUGAGGAUAGAUAGGAGUGAUACUAUGGGGUUUUUAGGGAGUUGAAGUGGGAAUAAGACAAGAUCAUGAGGGCUUUUUAAGUAAUUGGUUUUUGACAAAAGUUCUUGUGUGUAAAUUUGGUUUUGAUGGAGAUUAUAUAACAAAAUAACAUAUAAUUUAUAUAUUUCGUCUUUGAAAUGCUUAUUAGACAAA